AUGGACAACAAGAGUCCCAGAGAUUUCCACAGCAGCUUCUUUCCCACAAAGAUCUCUUUAUCAGGUCACUCGUCGUUUGAAGAAAUACACAAGAUACCUAUAAUAGGUCAGCUAACUGAUUCAAAUUCAGUUUUUAAUUUUGAAAAGCAAAUAUAUGAUCAGGAUGACACUUUCAAUGCAAUUGACAAAGAAUCUACCAAAAACGAAAAUAAUGCAAAAAAUGAUGUGAAAUUUGAUAAAUUGAUUUUCAUGGUUAUCGACGCUUUAAGAUCUGAUUUCAUCUUCUCAAAUACUUCUUCGAUGAAUUUUAUUCAUUAUUUAAUCAAAAAUAACUUGGCUAUUCCAUUUACUGCUUUCUCGUCACCUCCCACUGUAACUCUACCAAGAUUGAAAUCCUUAUCGACUGGUUCUUCUUCAAAUUUUUUAGAUGCAAUUUUAAACAUCGAUGAAAAUGAAAACUCUUCUUCUUUAAUCAAUCAUGAUACCUGGCUAUACCAAUUUCUAUCCACCAAAAGAGACCAGAAAAAAAAUUUAAAUCUAUCUAUGUUUGGCGACGAUACUUGGUUGAAAUUAUUUCCAAAAUUUUUUAACGACUUUGAUGGAACUUCCUCUUUCUUUGUCAAGGAUUACACUCAAGUCGACAAUAACGUAACAAGACACUUAUUCAAUUACCAUCCUACUACUAAUCAAUUUAUUGGCAUUGAUCAAAAAGUCACCCACUCAGACUUAUUGAUAUUGCACUACCUAGGCUUGGAUCAUAUAGGUCAUAACUACGGUCCCUUUAACCCUAGAAUGGCUCAAAAACAAUUGGAAAUGGACUCAAUAAUCGAAAAAUUAUACAAUAAUCUAGAUAACAAUACUCUAUUCAUAGUCCUUGGUGACCAUGGCAUGAACAACUUGGGUAACCAUGGCGGUUCUUCGUUAUCUGAAACCUCUCCCGGUUUAGUUUUUAUUUCCCCAUUAUUUAAAUCCUUUAAUUUAAAUUCAAUCCCAAAUAAUUCUCCAAAAUCUCCAUUGCCCUACAGCUCAGAUUACUCUUAUCAUACUAAAAUAAACCAAAUCGAUUUAGUCUCAACUUUAUCCACUCUAUUAAAUAUCCCAAUUCCAAAGAAUAACCUAGGUAUCUUUAUCCAAAACUUUUCUCCUUUAUUCAAUAAAAAAAAUUUCCUAUUACAUCUUUUACAAAACUCUUUUCAAUUUAAAAACUUGAUUCAAUCAAAAUAUAAUAAAAAUUUCACUGAAAUUAUCAAUAACAAUACUAAAAACAUUAAUAGCAUUGAUGAUAAUGAUAAUGAUGAUAAUGAUGAUUUUAAUCACUUAAACUUCUUGUGGAAUAACUCAAUCUUAAAACUAAAUAAUCUAUUCAAUUUAAAUCAACUAUUCAACUUAUCUGAAAAUGACUACAACUCUUUAGUCGAUGAUGUAUAUCUUUUUUUAAAACAAUCGCAAUCAAUCUUAGUAAACUCUUCUACAAACUACAACUAUAAUGAACUAAUCAUUGGUCUUGCAUUGGUCAUUUGUUCAACCAUCUUAAUAUCCUUUUGUUACUUCAAAUUUUUUAAUCCUUCUCUUAUACCUUCAUCUUCAUCUUCAUCUUCAUCAAACUUCUCCUUCUCCUCCGUAUCCUUCUUUGUUUUCUCUCUAAUAAUAGGUCUCACAACUUUUGGCUCCUCAAUGAUAGAAGAAGAAUACCAAAUUUGGUGGCUUUCAAUCAUUACCUUUAUCUCUUUAAUAUUCAUUCAAAAUUUUCAGGAUUUCUCAAUUCUUCCUAAAAAUUUCAAAAUCAUCUGCUUUCUCACUCCCUUCUUAAUUAGAUUCAUUAGAUCUUGGAAUAAUUCAGGCCAAAAAUUUAAUUUCAUCUAUUUUAAUCAUUUUUCAUUUUGGUUAAAUGACCAUACUUAUUUAACUUGGUUCUUGAUUCUUGUAACUUUUAUCUCAAAUUGGCUCAUUCUUUUAACUGGUGGCUUCAAUUUAAUCAACUUUUUCAUAAAUUUUCUUUUCACUUUUCUACUAUAUUCAGUAUCCUUUUCAUUCAAAUUAGCUUCAGAUUAUUCAAACAAUACCUUACCCCAAAUUUUCAAAUUUUUGGUUGACCACAUUAUAAUCACUUUACGUGUGGAAAAUGCAAAUGAUACUUUACAUGACUUGGCUAACUUAUUUUACAUGAUAUUUAUCUCAGUUUUUGUAAUAAGAAUUUUGUUUAGAUUCUUUAAUCAAGUCUUGAUAUUCGACCCAAUCGAAUUUAAAACCGGAAUCUUCAAAGGUCAUUUUGAAAGUGAUUAUAGAUUUUUUAAUGAUAUAUCUGGAAUUCUCAACUCCUUUUUAUUAUUUCAGUCUUUAAAGUUAAAUAUUCCCAUGUUUCUACUUUAUUCGAUAAUUCAAUAUUUUAUUGCCGCAACUCUUGAUGAAUAUAUUGAUAAUAAACUAAAAUCUUUUGAAAAUGAACUAAAUGAAUUGAACGGAAAUGAAAAUAACAAUAACAAUAACAUAAACAAAGAUAUCAAAAAUAGUAAAUUCAUAUUCUAUAAAAUGAUAAAUCUACAAUUAAAAAUCACCACAUUCACUACUAUCUUCACUUUAAUUUUACAACACUUGUCAUUUUUUUCAAGUGGCUCAACUAAUUCUCUAUCAACAGUUGAUUUGACAAAUUCGUAUAAUGGGUUGACAAAUUACAACUUGUUUAUAACUGGAGUUUUAACUUUUACCUCCAAUUUUGCAAGCCCAAUUUAUUGGAAUUUCAUAAAUUUAAAGUUAAUUUUUGAAAAUUCGCUAAUGUUGCAUAUUAAAUUAAUGGAUAGAUAUCAAAAUCAACAACUAAAUAAAAAUAAAGAUGAAAAUAAAAAUAUUUUUAGAAAAUUCAAAUUUGAAUUAUUUCUAAGAAAUUUUUCCAUCAAAUUAACAUUUUAUUCUAUUUUUGGAAUGUUUUUGAUAAUAAGUUGUUAUUUAUUAAAGUUUCAUCUAUUUAUCUGGACAGUUUUUAGUCCUAAAUUGCUAUACUUUUUCGUUUGGAAUUUUCUAAUGAAUGGGGCAGUAGAACUUAUCAAUCUAGUCUUAAUUUCCAUUUCAUAA